AUGAGCUACCAGUCGAACCACAUUUUUGGCAGCGAAACCAUGCGCACUCGCUCGAGUUCAACUGACAGUCACGAGAAAUACGAUCAGCCCAAACACCUUACAUGGACCCCCCAAGUUGAGUCGGGUGAAUCACAUGAGCAGAUCACCGAGUUUCCCAAUAAAUGGGCAAAGUUUCGAGAGCCCGCUGCUGAAUUUCUUGGGACCAUGAUUCUCAUCAUUUUUGGUACUGGCGUCAACUGUCAAGUCACCCUUUCGAACUAUACGAUCUCAUCGCGACCGCCUAGCUCAAAAGGAGAAUACCUUUCUAUUUCUUUUGGAUGGGCCAUCGGUGCGGCGCUUGGAGUGUGGGUAUCGGGCGGUAUUUCUGGUGGUCACAUCAACCCUGCGGUCACUCUUGCCCAAGCAGUCUUCCGGGGGUUCUCCUGGAAAAAAGUCCCCUUGUAUAUUACGGCUCAGAUCUUGGGCGCAUUCGCUGGUGCUAGCCUCGUGUAUGCGAACUACUACGGGGCUAUUGAUAUUUUUGAGGAUGGAAAAGGGGUCAGAACCGUCACUAGAAGCGCCUCUAUGUUCGCAACCUUCGCAGCAGACGAUCUUUCCAACUUUCAGUGUUUCUUUUCGGAAGCUCUAGGAACUGCCGUUCUUCUUAUUGUACUUGCUGCGAUUACCGAUAAACACAACGGGCCUCCCCCCAGCGGACUCGUUCCUCUCGCUGUCUUUAUUACAAUUCUUGGCGAGGGCGCAUGCCUCGGUAUGCAAACUGGUUACGCUAUCAAUCCCGCCCGUGACCUGGGUCCUCGCUUGAUGUGCUGGAUUGCUGGUUAUGGUCGUGAACUGUGGACCUAUCGCGACCAGUACUGGCUCCAUACACCUAUCGCUGGUCCUAUUGUUGGCGCUAUUGUUGGUACCGCUAUAUAUGACGCAUUCAUCUUCACCGGGCCCGAAAGCAUUUUUAACAGGCAAGAUGCUGCUACUCGUCGACGCCGUCUCGAUGCUUCUACCAAACCCAAGGUCGGUAUUAGCUCGGACGAUCAGAUAGUCUAG